AUGAUCGAGAUUGAGAUUGAUGGACAAGAUAAACAAACAUGCCUCGAAGAAGGCAUGGAAGAGCAAACUAUCACUGCAUCAGACUUAGUUCAACAAGACAUUGACAUUAAUGAGCCUAUUGGUAACUUGAAGAAACUUUUGGAGCCUCGUGUCCAGAUUUCCCUUGAUGCAUAUGACAUUUGUUUGCAGGAUAUUCAGCUACAUCCUGAUCACAGCCUGUUUGACCAAGGAGUUAAAACUGAUGGCACAGUGCAGUUGAGUCUCCAGAUUAUAGCUAAACCAGGAGAGGAAAAGUUGAACAUUUUGGAGAUUGUGAAGCCAGUGGAAACAGUAGAGGUUGUGAUUGACCCUGAUGCUGCAGGUGAGGAGGGUACACUAGUGGAGGAAGGGCAGCUCAUUGCUGUGGAGCGAUCGCUCUCUGAUGAGACCUCAGAACAGGUGACGCGCUGGGCUGCAGCGCUUGAAGGCUACAGAAAAGAACAGGUUCGCCUGGGUAUACCAUAUGAUCCUGUCCUGUGGACAGCAGAUCAGGUGAUCCACUGGGCUGUGUGGGUUAUGAAGGAGUUCAACAUUGAUGAAAUGGAGAUUGGAAGCCUCCACAUUCCGGGCCGAGAGCUUUGUUCUUUCUGCCAAGAAGAGUUCCUCCAGAAAGUUCCCAAUGGAGAAAUCUUAUGGAGCCACCUUGAGCUCCUUCGGAAAUAUGUCUUGGCCAGUCAAGACCAAACUGGUUGUGAUGCUACUGUCACAAUUGAUCAACCGGUCCAAAUAAUCCCAGCUCAAGUUAGCACCCCUACUACAAUUAAGGUGUUAAAGCAAAACCGUGGCCCAAGAACACCUCGCAUUUCUGGAGAAGAACGUAGCUCUCCUGGCAAUCGUACAGGUAAUAAUGGUCAGAUUCAGUUGUGGCAGUUUUUGCUGGAGUUACUGACUGACAAAGAUGCUCGAGACUGCAUCUCUUGGGUCGGGGAAGAAGGGGAAUUCAAACUGAACCAGCCUGAGCUUGUGGCACAGAAAUGGGGACAACGUAAGAACAAGCCCACCAUGAACUAUGAGAAGCUGAGUCGAGCAUUGAGGUAUUAUUACGACGGUGACAUGAUCAGCAAAGUACAGGGAAAGCGUUUUGUGUAUAAGUUUGUGUGCGACCUAAGGACUCUAAUCGGCUACAGCGCAGCCGAACUCAACACCCUCGUGACGGAGUGCGAGCAGAAGAAACUGGCGCGGAUACAGAUGCAUGGGAUCGCUCAGCCUUUAACCACAGUCACAUUGGCAACAACGCUGGAGAAGGACAGCUAG